UAAAUGUAAUGGGAUAAAUAAUUGAGAGAGGGGUAAAGAGGAGGGAGCGCUAUAAGGACAUCCUCCGCGCAUGCAAAUGUAUUUCAGCUCUUCACGAGAAUGGAUGUAUACGACGAUCGAUUUUACGGGAUUACUCGACGUUUGAUGAUUUCUCUGGGUCUCUGGCCUUAUCAGAAUCCAAGAUACAGGAAGCUUCUCUCGGUAUUUGUAUCGAUUGUUUAUGUGCAAGGUCUGAUAUUUCAGUACACGACUUUUAUCACGCAUAAGUUCAGUGUGAAAUUGUUCAUUGAGAUGAUGUCUUUCAAUACUCUGUUAAUCCUCUUCAUCAUAAAGUAUAACACAGUAUACCUGAAUUCUGCAAACUUUAUAUUAUCGCGGGUAAAACUCUUGUUGGAACAAAUUAGUUAUGACUGUAUCGCCAUAACGGAUACCCAAGAGAUUGCAAUAAUACAAAAAUAUGCUUCUAGAGGGAGACAAUAUACUCUUUAUUCCGGAUUGCUCAUUUAUAUAGCCACAGCUCUUUUUAUUCUAACAUUAUUUAUACCCGAUAUUCUCAAUCUUGUGAUGCCCAUGGACAAACCCCGUCCCCGGCUUUUACCUACACCGGUCGAAUGCUUUAUCGAUGAGCAAAGAUACUUUUAUGCAAUAGUAUCUGACAUGACAAUAAUUGCAAUGGUAGGCAUGACUACGUUUAUAGCCACUGAAACGAUGUUCAUGAUAUUUAUACAACAUGCUUGUGGAUUGUUCGCGAUUGCAAGAUUUAUUGAAUUUAUGAAUUCCUGUUUCGCUGUAUCCUAUAUGGUUCUCGUAAUAGUUGGUGUGAUAUCGCUAAGUAUCAAUAUGUUACGAUUGUUCCAAGCACUUGAGAAUAAUAUAUUCGGUGAGAUAUUGGCAUCCGGUGUAUAUGUUUUAUGUCAUUUUUGCUACAUGUUUUGGGUGAAUUAUUUUGGACAGUAUCUAUCCGAUCAUAGUGAAAGUAUUUUUGAAGAAACAUAUAGCGCACAAUGGUAUAUGGCUCCUCUACGUAUUCGAAAAUUAAUACUUAUUAUAAUGCAAAGGUCAACGAAGAUUUUUACGUUUAAUGUAUUUAGCAGUAUAUUAAUAGCAUCGAUGGAAGAUUUUGCUUCGAUUGUUAGUCUAUCAGUGUCUUACUUUACGGUGUUGUACUCAUUCCGGAUGUGAUGCAGUCAAUGACGAAAGGAGAUACGAUAGCAAUGACAUCAGAAAUUUACACUAUUUAUUGUAAACUGAUUUCAAACCGAAUUUUUACAAGUUUGAACAAUGCUAUGUUAAAUUGUAUUUGACACACUUAAUCAAAACAUCUAAUUAUUUAGUUAGAAUAUAAAUUAUUAAUAGCUAGAAUAUAAAUAUAA